GUAAGAGGUAAGAUGGAAAACCAAGUUGGUGGUUACAUGCGAGUCUUGCCUUUGUGGAAUUGACCCAACCUGGUUUAUAUAUAGGACCUGAAUAGGAUUUUGCGUGCUUAUAAAAUGGGUUUUAUUGGUAAUGCUUGUUUAGAUUGAUAUUAAUAGAGCAUAGACUGUUAUUCUUGUGUGGAAUUACUGGUGAGAUAUCCUGUACUGGAGCUUCAGGAGGCCUAAACUGCUGAAAUGGCCAAACAGGCUACAUCAGAAGUUAUCUUCAUAACACUGAACCACAACAUCACCCUCACAGGGAAAGCAUGGCUUGUCCUGGUGGUAUUUCUAAGGAUCUUGGUGUUGCUGUUUGCUGGUUAUCCUCUCUACCAGGAUGAGCAGGAACGAUUUGUGUGUAACACCAUUCAGCCCGGUUGUGCCAAUGUGUGCUACGACAUGUUUGCCCCUCUUUCCCUUUUCCGCUUCUGGCUUGUGCAAAUCACCACUCUGUGCCUCCCCUACAUGAUGUUCAUCAUCUACGUGAUCCACAAAGUGAGUUCUGGCCUAGCUACCGAUACCGGAACUUCUGAGUCCAUAAAAGCGGACUCCAUCUACAAGAUCCAUCAAGAAUCGUUCAGGAAAGCAUCACUUUGUAAGACAGUCGUGAAGGCUGAGAACGGACGGGUGCAGUACUUCACAGGAGCCUACAUCUUGCAUCUUCUGCUUCGAAUAAUGGUAGAAGCUGGAUUUGGAGCUGCCCAUUAUUACUUGUUCGGCUUUCACAUCCCCAGACGCUUCAUGUGUCAGCAGGCACCUUGCACAACAAUGGUGGACUGCUACGUCUCUAGACCCACUGAGAAAACCGUCAUGUUGAACUUCAUGUUGGGGGCAGCCGCUUUGUCCUUGCUUUUAAACAUCUGCGACCUGAUUUGUGCCAUCAAGCUCUCUGUGAGGCAAAAAAACAAAAGAAAGAUGCUAGUGCAAAAGAUGUACGCAGAGGAGCAGUACUACGUGUCAGGGAAUGGAAAUCAAGGUGUGGACACUAGCAUCCCUCCAAAUCAAGAUGUGAUGAGUCCAGGAGUGUUUCGCAAAAGAGGGACCAGAAACUCAAGUGGCGAUGAAGCUGCUUCUGUGCUUUUGGACGAUGACCCUCCACCAUCCUCACCUCAAGAAGGAAUUUCUACAAUUUCGGGAAUUCCUGGUUUCAGAAACAAUGAUGACAGCAGCAGCUACCAACCCACCCAAGAAGAGGGGAUGGUGAGAGAAGGCAGUGAAGUAGCCCUGUGCCCCAGUGAGCCCUUGGGAACCCCUAGAUCCAUCCGAGUAAGCAAACGUAGUCGGCUGAAACCUCCACCACCUCCUCGAAGGGAUAAACUAGCUGUGCAAGGUGCAAUUGAUGGCUCUGGAGCGACAGCGUUGUGUACCAGAAGAGUAGGGCAAUAUACUCUGGUAGAAAUGACCACUGGUGAAGACGUAACAACUUGCGGUGGAGAUGGGAAAGAGAAAAGGUCAGAGUGGGUUUGAAUGUUACUUCAGAAAACUAUGAGUUUGGCUACAUUUUUAUCAUGUAUAUUCCUACAACGUAAAUCCUGAAGUGAGUUUCGAAAUGCAUGCAAGUUGACCAACUAGAAUGAAACGGAUGGGAUGAAAUAUAUUGCUUGAAGAAACAAGGUGGAAUGAAUGGUAUUAGAUGUCAACAUCAUGGAUAAAUGCCAAUCCACGGAUCAGAAGGGCAAUAUACUCUGGUAGAAAUGACAACUGGUGAAGACAUACUAACUUGCGAUGAAAAUCGGAAGGCGAAAAGCUCAGAGAAAUCUACAUUUUUUUACCAUGUAUUUUCCUACAACUUAAGUCUUGAAGUAAGUUUUUAAAAUGCAAAAGAAGUUGACUGAACCUUGAAUGGAACAGCCUGACCUGAAUGGAAUAAAUUGCUUGGGGAAGCAAGGUAGGAUGAGAGGUAUUAUUAGAAAAUGUCAACGUCAUGGAUAGAUGCCAAUCCAUGGAUCAACUACACCCAUCAGCAUCCACCUGCCUUUCAUGUUUGUGUUAGUGCAUUCCAUCAUUCUUUUACCAACCAGACGGGUCUUGACCCGCCUUGACCUCACAACAAUCAAGGGACACCGAAGGCCACUCUAAAAACAGGCUUGUUGCAAACACCCAAGCUCCCAAAGGUCGAAAAACUAACACUGACAUAGUUUUUGGUUCAACUGUGGGCAGCCACCAAACAAGAACAACCCUGAGGGUAUGAAGGUACUUCCUGCAUUAAAAUCCCUUCCAAAAUCCUCUAGUCUGCAAAAUCUCAGGCACUGUCAAGUCUCGGUCAGCAGCAGCCCAUCAUAAAGCAAUUACUGCCCAGACUGCUUUUGUAUCUAUGGAGGGGAUCUUGUAACUCUAUUCAAGGACCCACUGGGCUUCAGUUUGGAGCUUUAGAACAAACACUUAAAAUAGAGCUCCAUAAUCUGCUGUAACACGAGAACAAGACGAUGUGUGGCUUUCAGACUCUCAGAAGCGGGCCGCAACAUGCAGACGAUUGGACGUGUUAGCUUUGGAUGGUCACCUCGACUGCAGCCCUCCUGUCCUCACAAUGUCAGUCAUGUGUCUCAUUAAGCACACCAGGGACAUCUGGGAUAGCCUAUUUAUGAUGUUCCGUUAUACAUCACCGAUGAUGAUUUGUAGUUGUUGCUGCACGGUAUCUUCAGUCUAAUGUCAAAUGGUUUGCAAGUUAAUGACUUCGUCUGUGUUUUUGUUUUAUUACCUUACUAAAUCACACUCCCCCUUAAAAGGGCAGUGGUAUUUCAUGUAUUGCACAUCAUCUCGAAACAGAAGACUAUUAAAAAAGGUACACUUCUUGAAGUACACUCAA